AUGGCCAGUGGAUUGUACUUGCUAGUUCUAUGUAUUGCAGUAUACUUGGUUUCUGGUGGGCGUUUGUCCAUAGCUCUUGCCGGUGCUGCUGCGUAUUAUUUGCACCAACAUAGUGUCGAAUCAAAGAAGACAUCACAAAUCAAUGAGGCAAGAGAAACUAAGGAGUCACCCAUUUAUGCAGUUGAUUUUACUUCUACUACUUUCACCCCUAAUGAAACAAGUAAUAUUCCAGCUAAUCCUACCCCAACAAAAUCUAAAACUAUAUCCUCUUUAAGAUCUCGUGCUAAAAGAACUCCAAAAGUAUUCAAGGCUUCUAAACCGGUAAAGAAGACCUCUACAGAACCAGUUUUAACGAAAACAACUGUUGAUUUGCUUGAAUCACAAAUUUAUAUUUUUUAUACAUCUUUGACCGGAACUUCUCAACGUAUUGCCAAAUCUUUAAACGAAAAAUUGAAUAACUUAUAUAAUUUGAAAAACCCUCCAAAAUUGUUGAGUUUGGAUGAUGACGUUGACGAUUUGGAAGAAUAUUUUUUGAAAACACCAAAACAAAAUGGUGAUACUAAAAAUAUAUACGUCAUGGUCUUACCCUCUUAUGAAAUUGAUUCCCCUAUUGAUUACUUUUUGGACCAUCUCACAGAAACUUAUAAUGAUUUCCGUGUUGAUAAGUAUCCAUUGAAAUCCCUUUUAGGCUUUGCAGUUCUAGGUUUGGGUGAUUCGGAAUCCUGGCCCGAAAAAUUUUGUUACCAAGCUAGAUUGGCAGAUAAGUGGUUAGGUAAGUUAGGUGGGAGAAGAUUAUAUCCUCUUGGUGAAGUAUGUAUGAAAUACGAAGGUGAACCAGUUGCCAAUGAAUGGAUCCAAAACUUUGCCGGAUUGUUAAACGAUAAUGAGCCAUUUUAUUUAGAUGAUGACGAUUUUGAAGACAGCGACAAAGAAGAAGAAGAAAGUGAUUCUACCGAUGGUGAUGGUGAAACUUUGGUCGAUGUUGAAGAUAUGGGAGAUAUAAUGAAAAAACAAGGUACUGAUGGAUUAAAAUCCGAAGCAAAAGAAAUGGUUUCUAAGAAUUCUCCAACUUAUAAAUCCUUAACAAAACAAGGUUAUUCAAUUAUUGGAUCUCAUUCCGGGGUUAAAAUUUGUCGUUGGACUAAAAGUGCUUUAAGAGGAAGAGGUUCAUGUUAUAAAUUUGCAUUUUAUGGUAUUAGAUCCCAUUUAUGUAUGGAAUUUACACCUUCUUUGGCAUGUUCUAACAAAUGUGUUUUUUGUUGGCGUCAUGGUACCAACCCUGUUGCUAAACUGACUUGGCGUUGGAAAUUAGAUCCUCCAGAUGUAAUUGUUCAAGGUGCUUUACAAGCCCAUUAUCAAAAAAUUAAACAAAUGAGAGGCGUUCCUGGUAUUCAAAUGGAUAGAUUUGAAGAAGCUUUCAAAGUCAAACACGCGGCACUUAGUUUGGUUGGUGAACCUAUUUCAUACUUGGAAAUUUCUUCUUUAAUUAAAAAUGAGCUUCAUUCAAGAGGUAUUUCAUCAUUUUUGGUUUGUAAUGCUCAACAUCCUGAUAAUUUAAGAUCAUUGUGUAAGGUUACUCAAUUAUAUGUCAGUAUUGAUGCACCAACCAAAACUGAUUUGAAGAAGAUUGACCGUCCUUUAAAUAGUGAUUUCUGGGAACGAUUGAUGGAAUGUUUAGAUAUCCUUAGAACCGUGCAAUCCCAUCAACGUACUGUCUUCAGAUUAACUUUGGUUAAAGGUUUCAAUAUGGAUGAAAUUAAAGGUUAUGCUGAUAUGGUGAUCCGUGCCCAACCUUCCCAAAUUGAAGUUAAAGGUGCUACUUUCUGUGGUUCAUCUACAGGUAAUGGUAAUCCAUUGACCAUGCAAAAUAUUCCAUUUUAUGAAGAAUGUAGAAAAUUCGUUAUCAAUUUGUCUGAAGAAUUGAAAUCAAGAGGUUAUGAUUACGAAGUUGCAGCAGAACACGCUCAUUCCUGUUGUAUUUUAAUUGCCCACACUAAAUUCAAAAUAAAUAAUAAAUGGCAUACUCAUAUCGACUAUCCAAGAUUUUUCGAGCUUGUCGAAAGUGGUGAAGAGUUUACCGAUAUGGAUUACAUCAAAGAAACUCCAGAAUGGGCUGUCUGGGGAUCGAAGGAAGCAGGUUUCAAUCCUCUUGAUGUAAAAUUUGACAGAAAAGCCGAAAAAUUGAAGAAAAAGAAGGAAAGAGAAGAACAAGCUAGAAUUGCUCUUGAAAAACAACCAAUCACUCAAGAAAGUUGA